AUGUCUUCUCAGUUAAUGGCGGUCGAUGUGUUGGUGAAGGCCUGCCAAGAUGGCGACCCGUACAGUGGGCUCCAGACGUUCAAAGCGACGCUGCAACGCAAGGUCCGACAUCGCGAUGAGGCAGCGACGCAAGCCAUGCUUCUUGAGGCUUUUCAGCAGGCAAUUGUACCUUUCCGUUGCUCAGAGGCGGCAUCUGAAUUGUCUCGCGAAUUUUUCUCAAUACUGAAGGAGUUUGGGCACAACAGCGAUUCUUUUGGCUUUGGGCGAGUGCGUGCCAUUCUGAGCUGUUUUACGAGUGUCCCAGAGAGCGAAGCCUCAGUAGCAUGGUGUCGAGCACAUGUGCAGUUCCUCGUAAGCGCACUGGAAUGGUUGCGAACUUGCAAAGGCCUUCUGAGCGACGCAGAUAAACAAUCUUCUCUAGAAUAUGCGAUGUUUCUUAACGGGGCUCUCUCUCACGCUUACAUGCGUCUCGCCCAUUGCACGGAGAGCGAUGAAGAGGUCUCAUGUGAGGCGCUCGCAAAUGCGUACAGGACCAGUCUCUGCUGCACCUCAAACAUGGAGUUGAUUUUGUCGGUUGUGGAAGAGCUCCGUUCAAGGUUGACGCAGAUGGAGAGGGAUUUCUUAGUUGCGCGCACUCUUUACGGCCUCUUGUCGGCAGCGGGAGGGAAUACGGGGUCCUCACCGCGCAGUGCACUAGCUGCCGCCAAUGCAUUGUUGCCUCCCAAGGCGGUACCAGUUGAGCACGCCGCGCUAGACAGUUUUCUUCGUGACGUACUGCUCGUUUUCAACGCUGUUGCCAAGACGCCGUCCCGCCCCUCAGUGAAGCAGUUGGGAGGGAAGGUGCUCGAGGCACUGUGCAGCGCCUACUGCUCGACUUUGGUGCCUGUUUCCGACUUGGAUUGGGUGGCGCUCUUGCACGCCUUUCCCACAGAGAGUGAGUGA